CCUGCCCCUCACCAUCACGAAAAAGGGGAUGGAUGGGUUGAUGUGUUAAUCGUACUACUGUACUCUACGUGAGUUUGUGUGUCGUUCUUUCAUGCUCGCCUUCUUCUUGUCGUCGUCGUUUCACCUAUGCCACUCUUUUCUGCACCCACCCCGUCUGUCAUUCUUCCCCAUACGCGUAUGUACUCGUACACAGUGCGUACCAUUGUCACACAACAGUGUUUAUCCGGUACACGCGCAACAAGACACGUGGAUCGAGCUGUCUGUCUGUCUGUGUGGGUGGGGAGGUGCACCGACAAAUUGUGCGUCUUUGCUUUGGUGGCCGUGUAAUAUACCUAAGGAUGUGGCUGAGGUGGUGGUCAAACAAUGAAGAGCAUUUGACAUAGUGCACCAUCUCCACUGGAUGAGAGUGGUGUAUAUAGCACUAUUUAG